AUGAGGGUGCUAGCAUAUGGUGGUGCGGCUGAUUCACUUGACGAGUACAUUCGUAAGGGUGAGAGCACGGUCAUUGAAACUGUCAAUCACUUCACGCGCACUAUUGUUUCACUUUAUGCAGAUGAGUACCUUAGGGAACCCACAGCCAAUGAUAUUUCUCGGUUACUUAGUAUUGCUGAAGAAAGGGGGUUCCCGGGAAUGCUAGGGAGCAUCGAUUGCAUGCACUGGGAAUGGGAAAAAUGCCCCACAGCAUGGCAUGGUCAGUACAGGGGCCACUUCAAAAAACCUACCAUUAUCUUGGAGGCAGUGGCAAGUUAUGAUCUUUGGAUUUGGCACGCCUUUUUUGGGAUGCCCGGAUCUUGCAAUGAUAUAAAUGUGUUUAAUCGAUCUCAUGUGUUUGACUCCAUUUCUAGUGGUUACGGUCCUGAAGUUGAUUUCAAGGUGAAUGGCAAAGAUUAUCAUAUGGGAUACUACCUCACUGAUGGAAUUUAUCCUCCUUGGGCCACCUUUAUAAGUGGUGUUCCUUCUCCAGUCAACAUGCAGCAGCAGCAUUUCACACUAGCCCAAGCAGCUUAUAGGAAAGAUGUUGAAAUGAUGUUUGGAAAACUACAAGGAAAGUACCAUAUAGUCAAAGGGCCUGCUAGGGUAUGGUGUCCGGAGGAUAUGAGAUAUAUUAUGUUGUGUGUUGUAAUCUUGCAUAAUAUGGGCAUCAAGUAUGAGCGUGGACCAGGGUUGGCAAUACAAGAGUAUGAAGGUUCUACCGAACCUAGGCUCUCAAACACCCGAAAUGUUCCUGAGAUAUCUGCUUUGAUUGAGAACCACAGACGCAUCAGGUCUCAGGCUGCCAAUGCACAGUUGAAGGAAGACUUGAUCGAGCACCUAUGGAUUCAUGACGGCCAUCGAAGAGUCCAGCAGUAA